UUAAGAAUACACAGCUUUAGUGUGUUUUAAAAUCCUCUUUAUCUUUUUUUUAUUGUGAUUCCAGGUGUGGAAUACCAGAGUUAGUGAUGUUGCCCAACCAAGGAGAGAGAGGCCAUGAGCUGUUGCAAGCCCAAGCCCACGUAUGGAACCAUCUCUUUCAUUACGUGAAUUCCAUGUCCCUCAAGUGUGUCGUUCAACUCGGCAUACCAGACAUCAUCCACAAUCAUGGCCGUCCAAUGACUCUCUCUGAGUUGGUCGCCGCACUUCCGAUUGACUCAUCCAAAACCCCUUACAUGAGCCGCCUGAUGCGUCUGUUGGUUCACUUGGGCUAUAGAAAAUAUCAAUGGCAAUAAACGAGUUGAAGAAGGGUAUGUUCUCACACCACCUUCUAGACUCCUCCGCAAAGAGGCCGCCGUCAGUUUGUCAGCCUUUGUGUUAGGGGAGUUAGACUCUUCUCUACUCACACCUUGGAAUUUCUUGAGUAGUUGGUUCCAAGGCAAUGAAACCACUGCCUUCCAGACAGCAAACGGAGUGAGUUUUUUGGAGGGCGCGGCCCAGAUCCCUGAGCUUAAUUGCUUAUUUAACGAUUCCAUGGCCAGUGAUGCACAGUUCAUCAUUAGCAUUGUCGUUAAAGAGUAUGGUCAGGUUUUCGAUGGGGUGCGGUCGUUGGUCGAUGUUGGGGCUGGUACUGGUGCUGUAGCUCGGGCCAUCACUGAUGCGUUCCCACACAUAAAAUGCACCGUGUUUGAUCAACCACAUGUUAUUGCCAGCGUGCCGAAGAGUACGAAAAUAGAUGCGGUUGGAGGUAACAUGUUCGAGUCGAUUCCCCCUGCAGACGCUCUUCUCCUCAAGUCAGUCCUACGCGGCUGGAGUGACAAUGACUGCGUGAAGAUAUUAAAACGGUGCAAAGAGGUAAUUCCAAGUAAAGAAGAUGGAGGGAAGGUGAUCUUACUAGAAACAGUUGUGAAUGCCGACACAGAUGAUUACAAGUUAAUGGACACAAAGCUUUGCUUUGAUAUGGCGAUGCUGUUGCCUUCAACAGGCAGGCAGAGGGAAGAACAUGAGUGGCAGAAAAUCUUCAUUGACGCUGGUUUCUCUGACUACAAGAUUCUACCUGUGCUGGGUUUGCGGUCAAUUAUCGAAGUUUAUCCUUGAUUGUAUGAUGGCUAAUGAAGAAGAUGUGAAUUAUAGUGUGUGAUUAAAAAGAUGUUUGUCUUAAUUAAAUAAACAAGGCUCAUGUACUUGGUUGGUGUGAGAUGUGCUUAUGCAUCCUUUUAUCCGUGUCUUUGGUAUGGCUUUCUUGUGUACUUGGGUUUGCUACUUUGUAAUAAUUUCCUCUUCUAUAGAAGUGGAUUGAACCGUUUAAUGUGACCAAAUCUCUUUCUA